AUGUUGGCUUCAAACAAGAGUAUUACAGCUCUGUCUAUUGCAAAUAAUGCACUCAUUCCAAUCAAAGAGUUGGCAAUGGGUUUCAGCCAAAAUAGUACCAUCACAAUAUUAGAUUUAACCGAUAAUUGUUUUGCCAACUAUGCAACCGAUAUGUUUACCUCUUUUCUUGAAAUGGACUCUAUUCAACAUUUAAUCAUCGAUGAACCAUUAAUCAACCCAAACCAUCAUUAUUUUACCAAAUCCAAAUCAUUAAUUAAAUAUUAUCUAUUAGAUUCUACUUGUGGUGUUCCAUUAUUCUUUGGUUGCUAA